UCCCAGAAAGCACCCGGCCGAGCCUCUUCGCCAUUUACAGUCCGGCUGGGAGCUGCAGGAGGCGCCCCCUUUUUCGGCGAACAGUUGCCAUGGAGACAUGGGCUGACGGCGUCCUAGUGAGAGCGGUGAUUGGUGCAGCCCCCUGCUAAUCCCUGGAAGGCCCGUAAAGAACUGAGGAAAACGUGGUGGGGGGCAUGCGCGGUUGGGAAGACGGCGAUGCUGUCCGUUGCCGCCUGAGAAGCCCGCGCAAGUAGACGGGGCAUGGACGCCUGGAUCUGAGGGGGCGAGCGAGGGAAGAGACGGCCGGGCGUGUGAUCUGGUCGUUGCGAACAACGCUACCCCGGGGAACGGGAGGAGGGUGGGAAAGGAGGCGAGUGUGGGGGAAGGGCAAGGUGGCACUCGGGCUGAUGCGUGGAGCAUUCUGGGAGACAGAGUCCGGCCGGGGAGGGGGAAGUCAGCGAGUGCGCAUGCUUUGUGAGCGCGGAGCGGCCCGCUGAGCGUGGAGGUGAGGGCGGGGACCUCUCAGCGUGGGAGGCUGGGGCGGGGACCCGGGUGGAGACCGCGGACUCUCGGAUUCCGGCUGCCCGGCGGGACCCGGAGCGCGGAGCAGACUUCUAGGCGCUCCUCCGGCGAGCCGGGCGCUGUCGCGCGAUGCUCUUCAAUCGCAGUGCACUGCCACCGCGACAAGGUCUCGGAGCCCCCCCCCCGGUUGCCAUGGCAGCAAUAAACCAGCCGGGGGAGGGGGAAGGCGGGGGGCUCUCUAAAGUGGAGGUUGCCCUCCAGGAUUUCUGGUAAAUGUAGUUCAGGAAGCUUCGCAGUGGCUGGCUGGCUUAAAAAUGGUCCAACUUUCUCCCAGGGUUGCAGGAUGGCCUGGAACCUUGAGGAUCGGAAUUUUGACCCACGGGAUCCGGCGGCCUUGGAAGUCGAAUCUACUCACUUAAUAAACUCAGAUUUCUUCACAAAGUCCGCACAUUACUCCCAGCUGCAAAGAGAGCAGCAAUGGCGAGGGAAGGGGGGGCAGCCCCACUUACGGGGGACGGGAAAGACAUUAUCCUCGGAGCCCCAGCCCAGUCUUUCCAAUGAGGCCCGCAGCACUGGGCUCCCCAGGUCACACAGCCCUGGAAGAUGAGGGGCCUGUCAUGGUGAAGCUGGAGGACUCUGAGGAGGAGGGUGAGGCUGCCCCAUGGGAUCCCGGCCCAGAGGCUGCACGCCAGCGUUUUCGACACUUCCACUAUGAGGAGGCACUGGGUCCCCAAGAGGCCCUGGCCCAACUCCGGGAGCUGUGCCGCCAGUGGCUGCAGCCCGAGGUGCACUCCAAGGAGCAGAUGCUGGAGCUGCUGGUACUGGAGCAGUUCCUGUGUGCACUGCCCCCCGAGAUCCAGGCCCGUGUGGAGGGACAGCGGCCAGGCAGCCCUGAGGAGGCAGCUGCCCUAGUCGAGGGGCUACGCCAAGAGCCAGAAGGCCCCCGGAGAUGGGUCACAGUCCAAGUGCAGGGUCAGGAAGUGCUAUCAGAGAAGAUGGAGCCCUCCAACUUGCAGCCCCUCCUUCAAACCAAGUCUCAGACUCCAGAACAUGGGCCUAGGACACCAUCUGAAGCUACGCAGGAGUUACCAUUGGGCCUUCGGGUGAAAGAGGAUCCCACGGUUACAGAUGACCCAGAGCUUCUGGAUUCUGGGCCUCUAGCCAAUCCCCAGGAGGCCACCUCCACCUUCCUGCCUGAAGAGACCCAGGGCUGUGAAAUAGUGCUGGACCAGGCCUCUCCUCACAGCGAAACUGGACUUGAGGGGCCUUCAUGGAGGAAGCAUCCUGGGGUCCUGUGGCAGGAGGAAGCUGGAGGCAUCUUCCCUCCAGGGUUUGCCCUCCACAUGGACAGCGUCUCUGCUGGCCCAGGCACUGUGAGCCCCCACCUCCACAUCCCGUGGGACCUCGGCAUGGCCAGCCUCACAGACCAACUCCGGUCACCCUCCCAUGAAAGUGGCUUCUCACAUGCACUUGUGCUCCCCAGUGGCCCCGGAGGUGAGCAGAACCCCACGAACGAGGGUCCUCACCAGCUCCUGGGCCCCAUACUGGCCACUGGCCGCUGGCGUACACCCAGGACGGAAGGCCAGGGACGGGGUCGCCCCAGCACAGGCCCCGGGGUGGCGCGGGGUGGCUGCUGCGACGUGUGUGGGAAGGUGUUCAGCCAACGCAGCAACCUACUGAGGCACCAGAAGAUACACACAGGAGAGCGGCCAUUCGUGUGCAGCGAGUGCGGCCGAAGCUUCAGCAGAAGCUCGCACCUUCUGCGUCAUCAACUCACGCACACUGAGGAGUGGCCGUUUGUGUGCGGCGACUGUGGUCAGGGCUUCGUGCGCAGCGUGCGCCUGGAGGAGCACCGGCGAGUGCACACGGGCGAGCAGCCCUUCCACUGCGCAGAGUGCGGCCAGAGCUUCCGGCAGCGCUCCAACCUGCUGCAGCACCAGCGCAUACAUGGCGACCCCCCUGGCCCGGGCGCUGCGCCCCCCACGCCUCCCGGUGCCCCGGAGCCCCCAGGCCCCUUCCCCUGCAGCGAGUGCCGUGAGAGCUUCGCGCGGCGAGCCAUGCUCCUGGAACACCAGGCAGUGCACACGGGCGACAAAUCCUUUGGCUGCGUGGAGUGUGGGGAGCGUUUCGGCCACCGCUCUGUGCUGCUGCAGCACCGGCGAGUCCACAGUGGAGAGCGGCCCUUUGCCUGUGCGGAGUGCGGCCAGAGCUUCCGCCAGCGCUCCAACCUCACGCAGCACCGGCGCAUCCACACGGGCGAGCGGCCCUUCGCCUGCACGGAGUGUGGCAAGGCCUUCCGCCAGCGGCCCACGCUCACACAGCACCUGCGCGUGCAUACCGGCGAGAAGCCCUUCGCCUGCCCGGAGUGUGGCCAGCGCUUCAGCCAGCGUCUGAAGCUCACGCGCCACCAGCGGACGCACACUGGGGAGAAACCCUACCACUGCACCGAGUGUGGCCUGGGCUUCACGCAGGUGUCACGGCUCACCGAGCACCAGCGGAUCCAUACCGGGGAGCGGCCCUUCGCCUGCCCUGACUGCGGCCAGAGCUUCCGGCAGCACGCCAACCUCACGCAGCACCGGCGCAUCCACACGGGCGAGCGGCCCUACGCAUGCCCGGAGUGCGGUAAGGCCUUCCGCCAGCGGCCCACGCUGACGCAGCACUUGCGCACCCACCGGCGGGAGAAGCCCUUUGCCUGCCAGGAUUGCGGCCGCCGCUUCCACCAGAGCACCAAGCUCAUCCAGCACCAGCGCAUCCACAGUGCGGAGUAACAGCACUCACUGUACCCCUUCUCUGCGUCUCCGCUUCUGGCCUCUGGUUGCAGGGGAGGGUCUUCGUCCCGAACACUAACCUCAGAGUGUUGCUGUGAGGCCUCUGAUCAAGUCUGGAUACAGACGGGCCCACUCAGGACCUGGCGCCUAGUACGUGCUCAAUAAAUAGUAGAUGGACCGUG